AUGGAUCAACUUGCUAAUGAAACCUUUCCAGCCGACGAGUUCCUACAAGUGAUGGAUCUGACUGACCCCGACCAGGAAGAGGGGAAGCUCGCGGCGUGCCAGCGUUUGGUGUUUGUCAUGGCACACAAUCGCCCUCCUCGUAAGAAGUUUCCCCAAUACAUCGCUGGCAUUAUCACAGGGUUUCGGACCACGAAAUCAAACACACUUAAAGUGAGAUUGCUUCAAUUGUUGGUGCUACUUGUGCCACGCCAUAAAAUUGGCUAUUUUGGUGAGUACUACGACUACAACGACUACGGCGACGACGGCCCUGACGAUUCCUUUUGGCUUGGACUUCUUUCUACGAUGCAAGAGGAAACACAUUACUUAGUCGAUCCUAACGCGGUAAAUAUUAUGGCCGCUUUCUGGUUCAAGUACCCGGAAGAAGUCAAGGAACUCAUGACUAAGCAUGAAUAUUAUGAUUUCAACAACCUGGUAUUGAUAAAAAUCGGGUCUGACUACUUUACUCGUGGUGAUGAAGAUGAAGUGUGCUCUGGAUUUGGUGGCUUGUUACGUGCUCAUGUUGGUGAUGGUGAGCGGGAAAUUGCUCAGUGGGUUUAUGAACAUUAUGAGGACUUACACGACACAUUGGCGGAGUAUUUGUGGAGAGCGAAAAAGGUUGCGUUCCACAAAUUCGCAUCCCUUGAAGAGGAUAACCAGAGAUAG